UUCAGCAACAUUUCGGUCUGUCGUUAAACCCCAACGCGUCACCGAACCCUCGCGCUUGUUCCAAGCAAUUCCUAUAUAAGUUCGUCGCCGCCAUUAAUCUGCAGAAGUCAUGUUCUUUCGCUUUCCUUCGUUGUUUCCUCUUAGCGAUCUCGUUUCCCUCUUGGGCCAUGGUGGGGUUUCCUUCUAAAGCCGUCAAAACCGUCGAAGAAGAGCGAGCAGAGGAGAUCGAUCAGGAUCCCAAGGUAAAAUCUUUCAAGGACCCUCUUGAUUUGUCCUUCGCCGAUUCGUUCCUGGACUUUGAUUCCAUUAACUGGUUGGGGAGUAAUCUGGAAUUAGACAAGUUCGGAUUAGAGGAUAACGAGUUUGAAUUUUUCGAGGACGGAAUGGAGAUGGUUGAAGAAGGGGAUGGCAAAGAAACUUGUGUGGACAACCAGAAUUCGGUUUUGUCUGAAUCGAUUGAAAUGAAGUCUGAACUACUUUCGGGUGAUACUUCUGAGGGAAUCGCAGUGAGCUCUGCAUCGGUUAUUCCCGAUGAGUCUAGGGCGAGGGAAGAUGGGCAAGGUCUAGUUGUGUUUAAUGAGUUUGAGAUUAUUGAAUCUGUGCCUGUUGCUUCACCCACUGUGAAUGUGGAUGAAGCUAAGUUGGAUAAAACAGAGGAGGGCUUGGCAUGUUCUAUUGAAGAAGGGUUUGAGAAGGUUAGCUUGGCUGUGGAUGAUGAUCAGAAGAGUGACGAGGCUAAGAAUGAAACCAAUUCUUCUGAGUCUGAGAUUGAAGCCUCGAGCUCUUCCUCGAGCAGCAGCAAGAGUAGUACCAGCAGCAGCUGUGAAGAGGAGAGCGACGGCGACGAGGAGAAGAAGAAAGGAGAUCCUGAAGCAAGGAUAAUCUUGAGAAAAGAGGUCGAUGUGGCUGGUGGUGAACUCGAAGAAGGUGAGAUAAAGAGUGUAGAUGGAGAAGAGGAUGAUGGUGAGAUGGAUGAUGAUGAUGAUGAUGACGAUGAUGACGAUGUUGAAGGUGGGAAUGAUGAUGCGAAUGCCAUGACUGCUUGGAGUGAUGAUGAGGAUGAAGAAAUCCUUGGUACACAGACAAAACAACCCAUACGGUCAAAGAAUGAGCUCAUGGAACUUCCCCCAGUACCAGCUGUGAAUGCUACUCUGGAACCGCAUCAUGCUAUGCUGCCUGUUGGAGUUGUUCUUUCGGUUUUAGGCACACAAGUCAUAGUUGAGGGCGUGGAAAAGCAUAAUCCGCUAAGCGAAGGUUCUAUUCUUUGGAUAACUGGAAGGAAAGCCCCACUGGGUAUGGUGGAUGAGAUCUUUGGACCAGUUAAGAAUCCUUACUACAUUGUGAGAUUCAAUUCAGAGAGCGAAGUGCCUGAAGGGAUUAAUCAGGGAACUCCAGUCUCGUUUGUUGCUGAGUUUGCAAAUCAUGUUCUCAACGACAAGAACCUGUACAAGAAAGGCUAUGAUGCAUCUGGUGAGAAUGAUGAGGAGAUGCCAGAGGAGGUUGAGUUCUCGGAUGAUGAGAAAGAAGCUGAGUACAGAAGAAUGCAGAAGAUGGUAAAGAGAGGGAUGAAUGAACAGAAACCCGGUAACACCAAGACCAGCAAGAAGAAGAAAAAUCGGGAUCCGGGAAGGCACAUGAACAGAUACUCGCCUCAUCAAAUGGAGAACCAGCCUAUGCAGCAGACUGUCAUGCCUAAUAUGCUGUCCUUUAAUCAUUCUGACUCUCCGAUCUCUUCUAUGGUUGCACUAAAUGGUGCUGGAAUGGGCAACUUAGCUCCUCACCUUCAGCCACAGCCACAGCCACAGAUGGGAGGGUUUGCCAUGGAUAACUUGGGAAAUAGAACCAUGGCUCCACCCGGGUUUCUCCCAAAGGGUUCAGCCUGGAACUCCCAGGCUAAUCAGCAGAAUCAGUAUCAGCCUCCAUUACCUAACCAGAUGGCGAUGCCGAAUCUAGUCCAGAUGCAUCAGAUGCCCUUGAUCCCAAUGCAAAAUCAAAUUCCUACGUCGAGCCAAAUGAUUUUCCAGCAGCAGCAACUGAGUUCUGGGCAGAUGACAAUCCCGAACAUGGUUGGUCAAGGUGGGCAAGGGGGCUUAAACUUGUUUGCAGGGCCACCAGGUUCAGGGCCAUGGCUAAGUCAGAACCUUCUCAACCAAGCUUUUGGGAUAGGUCUCAAUUGCCAGCCGGGCGGUUUUCAGGGGACGUUCCAAAGUGCAGCACAAGCUCAACCCCUCUUGAAUCCAUUCCUUUCUCCAGGCUUUCAGCCACAGCCACAGCAGCAGAGGCCGCAUUCUCAUGGAUUUCAGCUGGGAGGCUCUUCAAUGCAGCAGGGAAGGAAGCCACCUCAACGUGGAGGAGGUCGGUUUGGACGUGGCAGAGGAGGGAGGCAUCAUCAUCAGUCUGGGUGAAACACUGUUUUCUGUAUCCAAACACUGUUUUCUGUAAUCGAUUUCAUUCUCUGUCUCAGACAUAACUACGAACUCUUAUUACAGUUUUUCUCCAUCACUACUCUCUUAUUGCUGAUUGUAAACAGCAACUAAAUCAAUCACCCAUCUGUACAAAAUUGUCACAAAUACAAACUGCUUUGCCUGUUUGACUCGAA